GGAGAGCCCAACGGGAGGGCGUUUCUCCAACCUGAGAGCCGGAAGCACGGACCAGUCUGGCCACGCUGUCCUAGUAGCAGACGUGGCUUUCCCGCUCGCAGCAACCGGCGCAAACGCUGCACUGACAUCAGCGUGGCCAAAAGAUCGUCUUCUUCUUUUCACAGUCGUCCCCGGUCGCGUGAGGACGUCAUGCGGUGCUGUCUGUUACUGGUUGCCUUCGUCGUGGGCGCAGACAUCUGUCUGGCGCAGGAGAAACUCAAGAUCGAGGUGCUCAAGACCGCCGACAAAUGCGAGCGGAAAAGCAAGAAAGGAGAUCUCCUGGCCGUGCAUUAUAAGGGAUCUCUCUUGGACGGCACGGAGUUUGACUCCAGUCACGGGCGGGGAGAGCCGUUCCGAUUCCAGAUCGGAGUAGGUCAAGUCGUCAAGGGCUGGGAAGAAGGCUUGCUCGACAUGUGCGUCGGCGAACAACGAAAACUCACCGUCCCGCCCGAACUGGGCUACGGUGACGUCGGAGCGGGUGACAAGAUCCCACCCAAGUCGACGCUGGUCUUCGAGACCGAGCUCAUGAAGAUUGACGACGGUCCCCCGCCCGUCAACGUGUUCAAGCAGAUUGACGCCGACACAAACGGCCAGCUAAGCCGGGAAGAGCUGGGAAAAUACCUGAAGGACCAGCUUCCAGCUGCCCAGGCUGCAGGACUCAAGGACCUCCCAGACCCGGAGAAGAUGGUGGAGGAAAUCUUUCAACACGAGGAUCGCGAUCGCGACGGCUUCAUCUCCAAGGACGAGUUCAGCGGUCCUAAGCACGACGAACUCUGAGAGUUCAACGCCUUAGUCCAUUUCCACAUUUCAUUUUUUCACUCUCCCGUCGAUGAUCGAAGGUCGUUUCGCCUGGCCUCAAGGUCAAACUCGGACCAAUGAUGUGCCGCCCCUUUAAACUCUGCGACGUCCGAGCCGCAAAAUAUUUUUCUACCUUAGGAUAGGCACAAGUCUUCCAGCCCUUGGGGCUGCCGGAACUCUUACCACAGUUUUUUCACCUUGAAGGUCGUUCUACAUUCUUUCAAGGUCAAACCUGAACUACACCCCUUUUGUGCCACAUUAAAAUGUAGCUCAUACUAGCAGAGUAUAAAACCGUUAGAGGUCUACAUGCAAUGCGAAGUUAGAACCAAACUUUUGCUACUCUCCCGUGUGUACAACUUUUUUAAAUCUAGAAACAAAGUGUAGCACUUUUUGUUGGCUAGCAACAAUCGUUGGUCAGCAGGUUUCAGUGCCUUAAAUCUCAAAAAGCGACAACAUAACAUAUUUAUGCUUUUUGUGAUUUGGAAGGCAGCUACGAUUUUUUUUACCUUGGUUUUAAAAAUUUUUUUCCACGGUUUACAAUGUACAGCACUUUUUCUUUUGCACGACUUUUGCCCAUUAAUUCUAGACCAACUUUUUAGCUCGUUUAAUUUACAAUUAGCAAUUUGGCAUUCAAUGUGUAAAUAUGCAAUUGUUUAAUCUGUACACUAGCAACAGAACUUAUAUUUACAAAUGAACAUCUUAUAUUUACAAAUGAACAAGUAUCACAAUGGCUAAGCUGCGCUUGUCAUUUGCAUGUACAAUCACGGUUGGUGUACAAAUGUGUCGUGGCACUGCCAAGAUCAAACAAUGUUGAACUGGACCGUCCCAUAAAACUGCGUAUACACUGUUGCCAAAAGUUUCAACAUCCUGCAAUUUGGAACGAAAAGAUUCUUAGUACGAAACAUUUCAUGCCUUAUCACAUUACGGGAGCUCAUCGGAUGCAAUAAACCCUUCAUACAAAGACCA